GCAUCUAUCCGCCCUGAGGGUUUGUAUCCGCAUCUCCACCUCCCACCAUCACCAUCCCGAUCCACACGAUCCUCGCCCAUCACCCCAACAUGUCCACCCAGUCGAACAAUGCCGGAGCAGCUGAGCCCUCCUCCCACUUCUUCACCACACGCCCCGCCCUGUCAGCCCUGCUUCGCUCCCUGCACUCCCUCUCCAAGACGCAGGAAGGCGCCGACUACAUCCCUGGCGCGGCCUUCCCUUCGAAUGUGGACAGUCCAAGCGACCUCGCCGUGUUCCAAGACAGACUUGUGGCUCUAGACGAGGAUAAGGCGCAGGCCGUCUACAUGGUUCUGCGAGCGAUGAACGCGCAGCGCAUCUUUGAGGGUGGGUGCGAAUGUGGGACGGAGCUAGGCGCCCGUCGUCCUGUUUUUGCGAGGCGCUGACUUUGUUCAACCCUCUCUCUCGCUCGUUGGCUCUUAACGUCGCGCUCGAAAGCCGGCACCUCGUAUGGCGUCUCUCUCCUCUACCUCCUCGCAGCCAUGCGCGACAACGUAGCGGCCUACGGCGCUGCUCGUUCUCCGCACAGCCCCAAAGUCUGGGGCACCGAG